AUGGAGGCAGCCCGCUGGCACGAGCAAUUAGAGUUUAGGGGCCAGGCGUCUCAGCUCGUCGUCAGCGACGCGCUCUUCCUCGGUGGGGCGACGCUGGAAUCCCCGAGCGUUCCCACGGAGCCAGGCUGCUUCGUCUGGCUGCCGUCUGGGUGCCCAGGCGUGAUCGACAUCGACAGAGAGGAGACGAUCCUGUUCGCAGCCUCAGUCAACACCUCCGCUUGGCUUCAUGAUGCAGGGGGCGAGAAACAGUCUGGGGCGCCCAUCCAGAAGCAUCAGAAGGCUUCUCGGAAGGCUUGCGAAGCACGUGCCCAGCACUUCAAGAUGGUGUGUGCCGUCGACGACGCGGAGAUGCUCUUUGUCGAGGAGGGGGCCCUCCACGCCGACCAGCCUGCUGCGAUGGCCAGCAUCGAGCUGCCCGGCGACGAGGCCGCAGCCCCGCCGGAGCAGGCCCCGGACAUGGCCGACGCUGCGCAGCCUGCGGGCGGCACCGCCCAGCCUGCCGCCGUGACCACUGCGCCCACCGGCGACGCGGACCAGUCCACCGCGGCGCCCAUGGCACCCGCUGGCAGCGCCGACCGGCCCGAGGCGGCGACCGCGGGACCCGGCGGCGGCUCCGAGCAGCUCGCCGCCAGCGCCACGGGGGCGCCCGCCGCCGCCGCCGCGGCGGCCCCCGCAGGCGCGGCUGGCCAGCCGGCCGCCGGCAGCGAUACUGGGGAGGUGCCCGCCGCCGUCGCCGAGGCCGCUCAGGAGGCAGAGGCGAAGGCGCCAGCCGUCAAGGGGUCCGCGAGGCCGCGGCCAAGGAAUGAGCUGAUCCCGAAGCCACUGCAGCCGUGGGCCGCGGCCGACAACGCGGACGACCCUCGCGACGACGACCUCGGAGUUGGAGCUGGCAAGAGCGACGACGGCUUGAGCGCUGGCAGCCAGAAAAGCACCCACGCCAGCUCGGAGCCUCUGCUGGCGCCUGGACCACCUGACCCUGCCACGGAGCAGUCCGCCAAGCUCUCGCCGAUGGCCUCACAGGUGCUGCCAAGCUGGGCCCCGAGUCUUCCAAAAGCGUCCGGCUGCUACGUCUGGACGCCGCAAGGAUGCCCCAGGCAGCCCACCUUCCAUGCAGACGUGUGGAAGCAGGACAAGUACGGCGAGUUGCACAAUCACGCCGCCAGUAGCAAGGCGGCCUGCUUCGCGCGCGCGCAAAUGUUCAACGAUUGGUGUGGCACCACCAGCGUAGUGAUGGUGCUGGUUCUGGCCCCAGCGGUGCCAGUUGCGACGAGGCCCGACGCGGCCUACGAGGGUAUUGCGCAGAGCGACGCGCCCGAUCUGCCGACCGAGGCGGGAUGCUACGUGUGGACGCCCAGCGGCUGCUCGAGGCACGCCAGCUUCCACGCGCGCUACCACUGGAAGCGGGACCUCGAGGGCGAGGCGCGGUCCAGUGCCGCCUGGGACCCCGCGGCGUGCCAGGCGCGCAAGGCCACGUUCGACGCCUGGUGCGGCGUGCAGGACGCCGUGAUGCGCCUGGUCCGCCCAGAGGCCCGACGCCAGCCGGAGCAGCCCGCGCAGCCGGGGUGCUACGUGUGGCAGCCCAGCGGCUGCCCGAGCAGGGGCGUCAGGAGCUCCUUCAGGUGGAAGCACGACCGAUGGGCCGAGCAGAACGCGGGCGCGCGUUACGACGCCGUGAUCUGCUCCAAGCGCAAGGCCACGUUCGACAACUUCUGCGGCACGAGCGACGCCGAGAUGGCCUUCGUGGCGGAGGAUUGGGCGAACCGCUACAGCGCGACGCCGGAGGACGACGGCCGCGGCCAUCGCCGGGAGCACGGCGGCCAGGGCGAGCGGCUGCGACCGCGCCCCAGCGCCCCGCGAGAGGAGGCCAGCGACCUGCUGGCGCCUCCAGCGGGCGGCGUGCGCGCCCCCCUCCCCGCCCACGCCGGCGCGCUGCCCGCCGACGCCGAGGCGGCGCCGCCGGCGCAGGGCCCCACGGAGCCCGGCUGCUUCGCGUGGGUCCCCGGGGGCUGCCACGGCCACGGCGAGCGGGGACCGCCCCGACUUCAGCAGCAGUCCGGGCACGAGCAGCAGGUGUGGCAGCGCGACUCCUGGGGCGAGGCCAACAAGGGCGCCCGUUUCAGCAAGUCGGCGUGCAUGGCGCGGAAGGCGUCCUUCGACCACUUCUGCGGCGUGGCCGCCGCGGUGAUGGCGUGGGUGGCCCCCGUGCGGCCCCACGAGCCGUCCGAGCCGGGCUGCUACGUGUGGCACCCGAGCGGCUGCCCGCGGAAGCCCGGCGUCAGGGUGGCCACGGAGUGGGUCCACGACGUCUCGGGGGAGAGGAGCAUGGACGCCGGCAGCUCCCAGCACGCGUGCGCGCGCAGGAAGCCCCAGUACGACGCCUUCUGCGGCACGUCGGACACGGAGAUGCUCUUCGUGGGCACCUCGGCCAACUGCGUCAAGUUCGAUCUGACCAGGAUCGACCGGUACGAGGAGGAAAUCGAGUCCCCCUCGUAUCCCAACGUGGUGACCGUCUACCGCAAGGAGAUCGUGGAGGGCUCGGUCAUCAGCAGCGACGCAGGCGAGCUCGCCGCAAUCGGCCUGCCCGCCUUCGCCGACUGGAAGGCCACCGACGCGGACGGUAACACGAAGUUCUUCGAGUGGUACACGGAUGCCCAGGCGGAGGCCAAGAAGGUGAAGCUGAAGCCCGAGGGCGCCGAGGCCGUGUCCACCCUGGUGAGGGCGCCCAUCGGCCUGAGCGAGGACGCCCUGAGGCUCCACCUGAGGAGCCUGGGCGUGGACGUGACCGCCUUCGGCCAGGGCACCACGAAGACCCUCAAGGAGUUCUCCGCCGAGCUCAUCAGGGGCGAGUCCACCCUCAUGCAAGACCAAGAUGGCAACAUCAUCCGCGUGGUAGACGUCGUCGUCAUGAUGAUCGUCCGGGCGGCCACAGGCGAAGUGCUCGUGCAGACGGAGCAGAUCUCCCCCGACGGCACCACGAAGGUGCUGGACCGGCUGCCUGGAGCGAAGCGCCGGCCCGACGAGAACCAGUUCCUCAGCGCCCGCCGGAUCCUGCGCCGGCAGCUGGAGAUAGACGAGAACCAGGUGCAGCUCGACCAGGAGGUGGUGAACGUGGAAGAGGAGCACGCGUCCCCCAACUUCCCGGGGCUGAAGACCGUGUAUCGAAAGCGCAUCAUCAAGGCCACCUGGGUCGGCAAGGGCUCGUGA